AUGCCAGGAGAAAUCACUACCCCAGAACCAAAUCAAACUGUUCUGACAAAGGGUAAAGGAAAGGCCGUUGAAGAAGAAGAGCAUGUCACAAAAAGCUCUUCAUCAGCAAAAUUGUCUACAAACGAGUAUCAACUAAAAGCGAUUGAAUGGGCUGGUCCGGAAGGCGGGGAAACUCGAAAGUUGAAGAUCAUCACUCAAAAUGAAAAUGGGCCAUGCCCUUUGUUAGCUCUAUGCAACGUUUUGAUUUUACGAGGUUCUAUCGAAAUUAAACCAUACGAUCGUUCAACUGUAACUUAUGACUUCCUUGUAGAAUUACUAGGAGAUUACUUAUUUAAAUUAAUUCCGGACGGAGAAGCCGAGAAAGGAUUACAUCAAUUGACAAUUGACCAACCCUCACAAAAAAGUCAAAGUCAACAAGAGCAUUCAUCCGACCUCAUAAAUGGGAUCGAUGAAAAUCAAGGUGUGGAUGAAAAAACUAAGGAAUGCGGUCAUGAUAGUCAGGAGUUUCAAAGAAAGACCGAAAAUGAUUCUAUCACACAAAUUAAUAAAGUCGCGAGACCAUCCCUACAAGACUAUCAACACACAUUGCACAGCGCCAUAUCAAUUAUUCCUAUAUUACAGUCCGGUUUGGAUGUAAACGUUAGAUUCAAUUCUAUUCACGGAUUUGAACCUACUGCUGAGCUUUCCGUAUUUGAUAUCUUUGGUGUGGAACUAGUUCAUGGUUGGGUGGUUGACCCUCAGGACGAAGAAACAUGGGAAGUUGUAAUUGGAAAGUGUGGCAGUUAUAAUAAAGCAGUAGAGUGUGUUGUAGGUGGAGAUUCUGUGAGUAAGGGUGUCGUUUUGGAGAGCUCAGAUUGUAUUUCUGAUAUGGGUUUCGAUAAAUCUGAGCGAUCCGCAAACGCUAUGGAAAAUGUCAGGGUCAGAGAUGCAUUGAUAACAUCACAAUUUUUGGACGCGUCUAAAACUCAACUUACAUACCAUGGAUUGUUAACGUUGUCUGAAGCUUUACCACCAGGAAAUCUUUGCGUAUUUUUCCGGAAUAAUCAUUUUUCCACGCUAUACAAACAUCCUCAAAAUUCAACUCUAUACAUUCUAGUCACUGAUGCCGGAUUCGUUAAUGAACAUUCAGUUGUAUGGGAAUCGCUUAUUGACGUAGAUCAAAGCGCUUCUGAAUUCGUUAAUGGACAAUUUCGCAAAGGUGAAAUUACUGGUGGUGAUUAUGUUGGCGUGAUGGAUGAUGAAUUACAUGGAGGAGGAGAUCAAGACUAUGCACUUGCCUUAAGUCUCCAACAGCAAGAAGAAGAACGUGAAGCAGAAUUUCGCCGUAAACAACAACAACAGCGCCAGGAAGAUUUGCAACGACAACAGAGACGACAAAAUCGCCAAUAUGACGCCACGUCUCAAACGUCUACUGGUAGUUCAGAAACAUCUGAAAAGGAAAGAAAAAGAGAAAAAAGAACUAGUUGCUUUAUUUCAUGA